AACAAUUCUUGAAACUGCGGGAAAUUCAACACACAUUGAACGUCAACACAAACGAAGUAUUUGAAAACUAUGUCAAGGAAAAAAGGUCUGAGUGUGGAUGAGAAGCGGUCACGGAUGAUGGACUUCUUUUAUGAAAAGAAAGACUUCUUCCAGCUGAAGGAGCUAGAGAGGAUGUGUCAGAAGGAGAAAGGCAUCACGUCCAUGUCGGUCAAGGACAUCCUGACCAGCCUGGUGGACGACGGAAUGGUGGACACAGACAAGAUUGGGACCUCUGUCUACUUCUGGGCCUUCCCUAGUAAAGCCAGUCAAAAUCGAAAAAGAAAAAUCAGUGACCUGACAAGUCGCUUGAAUGAACUUGAGGGCAGACAGAAAUCACUUGAAGGUCAAGUUGUCAAGGCCAAGGUUGGCAAGGAGGAAAGUAGUGAGAGAGAGGAAGUGCUAUCAAGACUGACCGACGUCCGAGGGAAGCGUCAGUCUCUCGUUACUGAGCUGGAACAGUACAAAGAGUGUGAUCCAGAAGUUCUUCAGCAGGUCAAGGUUGACACAGUCGUUGCAAAGGAUGCAGCCAAUCGGUGGACAGACAACAUCUUCUCCACCAAAUCCUGGAUCAAACGCAAGUUCAGUUUUGAGGACACAAUGAUUGACAAACAGUUUGGCCUGCCAGAUGAUUUUGACUACGUGGAGUGACCAUGGCAUGAUGGACGUUAUCUGAUUGGUUGUCCACUGCAACAAGUGACUCAAGGAAAUCUACACAGGGCCGAUUGUUGGCUGGAUAGCUCAAAAGCCCCUGAAAGGUUUUCAAAUCAAGAAGACGUUAUCAUUAUUACCCUCAUGUUGAUGUAACGUGUGAUGAAAUUAUUUUUCUAUUUUGUCAAAUUGUACAUAGACGUAUACAGCCAGGGUAGACAUGUGAUUCAUAUCCAACAAGUCUCCAUCUUCCCGAGGCAAGAGAGUUAACUGACUAUAUAAGUCCAGUUUCCACCCUUGCCGAACUAGGCUGGUAUUAUGGAGUUACAUUUUGGCUGGACUAAUGAGUCUAUGCAUAGUCCAAUCA